AUGAUAGAAUGGAUAUUAGGGGCGGCCCUCUUGGCUAUUAUUAUCUAUCAUUUCACUAUCAAACCAAUGACUUAUUGGACUGAAAGAGGAGUGAAACAAGGAAAAUCUAAAUGGCUAGUUGGAGAUAACUGGGGUUCAGUAACUAGAACACAAAGUUUUGCUGAUAUGAUUCUAAAAGUUUACAAUGCAGUACCAGAUGUCAGAUAUUCUGGAAUAUAUCAAUUCACUUUACCCACGCUUCUUGUUAAGGAUCUUGAAUUAAUUAAUCAAUUGAGUGUAAAAGAUUUCGAUCAUUUUAUGGACCACAAGGCUUUCAUUCCUGAAAAAGCUGAUCCUCUAUGGGGAAAGAACUUAUUUGCUUUGACAGGUCAGAGAUGGCGCGAAAUGAGACCUAUACUUAGUCCCAGUUUCACUAGUAGUAAAAUGAAAGCUAUGUUUGUUUUGAUGUCAGAAUGUGCUAAGAAUUUCAGCGAAUACUUUAUACGAAAAGACAAGGAUUCUAUAGAAGUGGAAAUGAAAGAUUUAUUUACCCGCUUUACAAAUGACGUUAUCGCAACUACAGCUUUUGGGAUAGAGAUUAAUUCUCUAGAGACACAAGACAACGAAUUCUACAUUAUGGGACGAGACAUUACUAAUUUCACGGGCUUUUGGAAAAGUAUGAAAUUCUUUGGAUAUUUAAUUAUACCAAACAUUUUAUCAGUAAGUUAA